AUGCCACCAUCCACACCAUCCACCGCAGAAGGUUUCUUGUGGACCCCCAAAGGUACCAAGGAAGGCCUACAAACACACGCAUACCAAGUCUCCUCGUCUACGAUAAAGGAUAACUACGAUGUCAUUGUGAUCGGUGCAGGUUUCGCCGGUCUCAUCGCAGCAAGAGAUCUUAGCCAAAGACACAAUCUCAAGGUCCUGCUCCUCGAAGCCAGAGACCGCAUCGGAGGCCGCACAUGGACAGCCAACGUUCUAGGCGAAGAAAUCGAAAUGGGCGGAACAUGGGUCCACUGGGCCCAGCCUCACUUGUACAGCGAGCUGCGUCGGUACGGACUACAUGCCAAUUUGAAGACAUCUGCUGGAACGUUGGCGCCGGAAAAACAAUUCUUUGCAUCUGGUGGUCCGCCAGGGGAGAUAUCGAUUGCGGAAGCGGGCGAGAUCUUGGAUCGUGUCUCGCGGGCUUUCUUUACGGUCGAUGGUUAUGAUAGUCGUGCUCUUAUGCCUUAUCCUCAUGACCCGUUGAGGGAACCGGCUUUGUGGCGGUCGUAUGAUCAUUUGUCUGUGAAGGACCGGCUGGACUGCUUGGCUUUUACGCAGUUUGAAAAAGAUCUUUUCGAAUCCAAUGUGAGCACCUUUGGCAGCGCUCCUGGAUCAAGUAUUGGCUUUACUGAGGCUCUUCGGUGGUUUGCUUUGGGCGGACAUAGUAUGGCAGGGGUAUUUGAGAUGGCAGGGCUAUAUAAGAUUGGGAAAGGAGGGAUGACUUCAUUUGCGCAAGCGAUAUUGGGAGACUACACUGGUGACAUGCUGUUUGGCACCGCGGUGAAACAUAUCAGUGAUUCUGCAUCGGGAAUCAAGAUCACGACUACCUCUGGGAAGUAUUUGAAAGCAAAGACGAUUGUGUGUACAAUUCCUUUGAACUGUCUGGGGGACAUCACUUUCAAUCCCCCCUUGAGUGCCCUUCGACAAGCAGCCAUUGAAGAAGGCCAUAUCAACACAGGAGCCAAAAUCCAUUUCAAGUUACGUCCCAUACAGCCGGCAUGGUUCGCUACAGCCUGUUCCAGUACAUACCUCUUUGCAUUCUCCGACCACAACGGCACUCAAACCACCGGGCCAUCGGGAACUUGGUGCAUUGGCUUUGGGUACAGCUCCCAGCUAACGGACAAGCGGAAUAGCAAGGAGAUUGUCGGUAAAUUCCGCAAGAACAUUCAGCCAGAUGCCGAAGUUGAGGCAUACGCAACCCACGAUUGGAUGAAUGAUCCAUAUGCUAAAGGAGUGUGGGCUUGCUGGGGCCCUGGGUCUGCAUCCAAGUAUCUUCAAGAGCUCCAAAGUCCUCAUGGGCGAGUCAUCUUUGCCAGCGCAGACUGGUCAGAUGGAUGGAGAGGGUUUGUAGACGGGGCCAUUGAGCAGGGCCAACAAGCUGUGCAGGAUGUAGUGGUGGUUUUGAACGCAAGCUCUACAUCUCGUCCGAACCUGUGA